AUGGACCCCGUCAUCAUUACGCCGGAUGACGUAGCUGAGGCGGUCCGUAGGGCCCCGAACUGGAAAAGUCCGGGACUCGACGGACUGCAUCACUACUGGCUGAAGGGGUUCGUGGUGUGUCACGCUGUUCUCGCCCGACAGUUUCAAGAGGCUCUCGACCAAAAGUCGCUCCCGAGCCUCUUCACUACUGGGAUCACUCAUUUGGUUCCUAAAGACCGAGAUUCCACAAACCUGAGCAAAUACCGCCCCAUAACGUGUCUACCUACCAUAUACAAGACACUAACAUCCAUUUUGAGCGCGAGAAUCACUCGUCACCUGAACUCAAAUCAGGUGAUGUCGCGCGCUCAAAAUGGAUGUCGGGGCGGCGGUCGUGGAACCAAGGAACCACUCCUCAUUGACGCGGUCAUUGGCAAGGUGGUUAAACGCAACCGUCGGAACCUCUCCGCCGCCUGGAUAGACUACAAAAAGGCAUUCGACUCGGUGCCUCAUACAUGGCUGAAGAGGGUCCUCGAGCUAUACAAGGUUGACUGUACAGUUCGAGACUUCCUCGGGCAGUGUAUGGAGCAGUGGAGUACGAUCCUUUGUCAUCUAGGCGAGCGGAUGACGGCUGCGGAGAACCACAUAAGGAUAAGAAGGAGUAUCUUCCAGGGCGAUUGUCUGAGUCCAAUCUGGUUCUGCCUCUCUCUGAACCCUCUUAGUACCUUACUGGAGGGUUCCGGGAGGGGAUUUCAGCUUCGGAGAGGAGGUACAAAAGUGACCCACCUUUUCUAUAUGGAUGAUCUCAAGUUAUUCGCCUCCAGUCGCUCUCAUCUUAUGGAAUUGCUAAACAUCACUUGUGAUUUUAGCAAUUCUAUUAGAAUGGAGCUGGGGACGGAUAAGUGUGCGAUCCUCCAUGUGGAAGGGGGAAGGGUUGCUAACUCUGAGGGCAUAGACUUAUCUAUGCCCAUGAGCAUAAGGACCCUUUCCGAGGCUCAAACAUACCGAUACCUGGGUAUGUCACAGAACAUGGGUAUCGAUGAGUCGAACAUGAAACGGUCAGUUUGCGGUGUGUUUUAUGCACGCUUGACAAAAGUGCUCAACAGUCUUUUGUCGGGCGUUAAUAAGACACAUGCAUAUAACGGUUGGAUCAUGCCUGUUCUCAUGUAUACCUUUGGCAUGCUCAGGUGGACUCAGACCGAACUGAACGCUCUGGACAGAAAAGUCCGCACUAUAAUGACGUCCCACAGGAUGCAUCAUCCGAGAUCGUCAGUGAUGAGGCUGUACUUGCCGCGGAAGCAUGGUGGGCGCGGCUUUUUAAGCGCGCUUACCAUGCAUAAUCGCGAAGUGUGCAGCCUCCAACUUAGUGAAAAAGAAAACAAAACCAACCCCCUACUUGAAAAUAUCAGACGACAGCUCAUGAAAGACAACUACGACUAUGGCGCCGAAGAGACGACUGUCGUACUUAGAUCAAAGAUGGAAGAGUAUCAAAAUAAAGAAUAUAAUGACAAUGAGAAAACAUCGACACUAUUUCAAGGAAAUAUUAGCUCUACGUUGGAUAUUCCCGACAAAGUUGAAAGUACUGCUAAGACUUAUGAUCAUGCCAUUGUAAACAUUACGACUUCUCAAACAAUUGACGCUCGACGUGAACCUGAAAUGUAUGACAACCAAUCCAAGUACAUAACUAAAACUGAAAAAAGUAAUACUGAAUCGCAAACAUCUAAAAACGAUGGAAAUAUGAAUACACAAAUUAAACGACGCGUGGGCGCUAAUAAUAUUCAGUAUGAAAAUGGCGAUACAGAUGUUACAGCAUCAAACGCAAGAGUAAGGUAUAAUAUAUUAAAGGUCAGAAGUCCAAAUCGACGUAGCAAGUUUCAACAAUCUCAACUGGUGAUGGAAGAGAAAGACAAUGAAGUAUCUAUCGUAAACUUCGGCAAAGGCCCUGUACCAGAAUUUCGUCUACCACAGUCGCACCGGCAGUACAUGCUAGACGAAACCGACAGCGACCUUUCCUACUUUUUAGAAAAUUCCAACUCAACUACUGUGGACUCCGCUAUUGACCUUGAUAAAUAA